ACUGUCUAAAACUUCAUCAUUGUAUUGUUCGUGGUUCUACUUGGUGUGUCAGCUGACUUAUUCUUGUGAUCUUGUGAAAACUUGUAAUCCUCAUAAAAAUUGCUGAAAAAUGUCUGGAAAAGAUAGGCUUGCGAUUUUCCCGUCUCGGGGUGCUCAGAUGUUGAUGAAGGCUCGCCUUGCUGGAGCACAGAAGGGCCAUGGAUUACUCAAAAAGAAAGCUGACGCUUUGCAAAUGCGUUUCCGACAAAUUUUAAGCAAAAUUAUCGAGACGAAAACAUUGAUGGGAGAGGUGAUGAAAGAGAGUGCAUUUUCUCUAGCUGAAGCUAAAUUCGCAACUGGCGAUUUCAAUCAAGUCGUCCUCCAAAACGUUACCAAGGCUCAAAUCAAAAUUCGUACAAAGAAGGAUAAUGUUGCUGGUGUCACAUUGCCAGUGUUCGAGUCCUACACGGACGGAGCUGAUACAUACGAAUUGGCUGGUUUGGCGAGAGGUGGUCAGCAGUUGGCUAAGCUCAAGAAGAAUUACCAAGCAGCCGUUAAGUUAUUGGUCGAAUUGGCUUCGCUACAAACGGCUUUCGUCACUUUGGACGAGGUUAUCAAGAUUACAAACAGAAGAGUUAAUGCUAUCGAGCACGUUAUCAUUCCACGUAUUGAACGUACCUUGGCUUACAUCAUUUCCGAGCUAGACGAAUUGGAAAGAGAAGAAUUCUACCGUUUGAAGAAGAUUCAAGACAAAAAACGUAUUGCUCGUAAGAAGGCGGAAGCCAACAAAGCUGCACUACUGGAGCAGGGAAUCGAUGUACGCGAUCAGGGUAAUAUGCUUGACGAAGGCGACGAUGAUAUUCUGUUUUAAAAUUGAAAGAAAAGUUUUAAAAAAAAUCCUAACUCUUUCUUCCGAGAUUGAAAUUUUUGUUUUCUUUGUUUUCCCAUUUUUUCUUGUUUCUUUUGUGUAAUUCAGCAUUGAUCAGUAUUUCGUAGCGAAUGGAAAAUUUAUAAUUUGGUCGUUUCGAUUGUGUUUUUCUUUCUUAAUUUUUUUUUGUAUAAAUUAUCAAUCGGAAGAGAGUUUGAAUUUGUCGGUCGUACAAUAACUCUUAAAAAAAAAAUGAAAAUGAGUAAUUUAAGAUAUUCCGCAAAUAGAGCUGUACAUAAGGUUAUAAACUAUUCCACAUGGUCUCGGUUUUCGGUCAUAAGAAUUCUGAAUCAUGAAAAAUUAAAUUUAUUCGUUGUAAUCGUUCAAAAAAAA